CCACUCCUCUGCUCCUUCCUCCUCCCUCCAGUCCACUCUACACCAUGAUCUCCGCUCUACUCUUCUGCUUCACCCUCUGCCUUGGGCUCUGCUGGGCACAGACCACCAACUACACCAGGCCGGAGUUUCUAUGUGGAGGAGACAUCACCGGAGAAUCCGGCUACAUCGCCAGUGAAGGAUUUCCCAGCUAUUACCCUAACAACAAGAGAUGCGUGUGGAAAAUUACGGUCCCAGACGGCCAUGUGGUCAUCCUGUCAUUCCGUCUCCUGGACAUGGAGUCAGACCCCACCUGUCGCUACGACUACCUCAAUGUCUACAACAGCCAUGACACUGGCUCCCAGCGCCUGGCUCGAGUGUGUGGGACGUUCCGGCCCGGGGCUCUCAUGUCAACCGGCUCCCAGAUGAUGCUGGAAAUGGUGUCAGAUGAAGAAACUGGAGGACGAGGAUUCCUGGCCUGGUACAGUGCCACAGCUUCACAACAAUCUGACAAUAAGCUGUGUGGGGGGAAGCUUGAGAAACCCCAAGGAAGUAUAGCGAGCCCCAACUGGCCAGAAAAUAAUUACCCCAGCGGGGCAAGUUGUUCCUGGCACAUUGUGGCCCCAAAAGAGCAGGUAAUUGAGCUGUCAUUUGGAAAAUUUGACAUAGAAGGAGACAGCUACUGCCGAUACGAUUACUUGGCGGUGUUUAACGGUGGGGCGACGGACAACAACCUACAAAUUGGGAAGUUCUGCGGAGACGCCUCCCCCAAGACUAUCUACUCUGAGGGAAACGAGAUGCUGGUCCAGUUUGUGUCUGACCUCAGUGUCACGGGUGAUGGAUUUGAGGCCAUCUACAGGAUGAAAGAUCCUUCUGAAGUGCCAAAGAAGACUGAAGAGACGAAACCUACCACAAGGACUGUUGUCAGACCAGCUGGAACAAAGGCGCCCUCAAAACCUACCCCAAAACCCACAUCUAAACCCAAACAGAAACCCACAGCUAAGCCCACCGAGAAACCCACAGCCAAGCCCACCGAGAAACCCACAGCCAAGCCCACCCAGAAACCCACAGCCAAGCCCACCCAGAAACCCAGAGCUAAGCCUAUCCAGAAAGCCACUGCAAAACCCAACACCAAACCAAAGCCCACCAAACCCAGCAGAACAGAAAUACCGAAAGUCAGAGGAACGGCAUCGCAGACAGCUUCAGGAUCAGCUGCCAAGUGCCCCGAGAAGUGCCGUAAGACGGGAACAUUCGGAAGUCAUUUCUGUGCCAAUCAGUUUGCUCUCACAGGAUCCGUGGAGACCAUUGCUAAAGGAGAGGAGGAGGGCACCCUGCUGGCCACCAUCAACAUCAUCCAGACCUACAAGGAAGGAGGACUGAGCAUUCAAGGGGCCGAGAAGACGAGGAGCGUCCAGAUCAUCAACGAGUGCCCCAAGUGCCCCAUCCUGAAGAAAGGCACCAAUUACCUCUUCAUGGGGAAGGUGGACGCGACCGGACGUGGCAGGAUCAUCGGCGACAGUUUCGUCAUCGUUUACCGCGCUCCGCAGCAUCAAAUCCUCAAUAACAUCGCCAAAAAGCCGUGCUAGAGGCCGCCAUGUCGCUAUGGUAACAGCCUGCUUCAGCCUCAUCUUCCAUAUUGUGUCCUCAUCCUCAACUGUAAUAAACAGACCACAAACCGGA